AAGAUGUCUGGCAGAGGCAAAGGAGGAAAGGGUCUUGGAAAAGGUGGCGCAAAGCGUCACCGCAAAGUCCUUCGUGAUAACAUCCAGGGGAUCACCAAGCCUGCAAUCAGGCGUCUGGCCCGCCGUGGUGGUGUGAAGCGUAUCUCUGGUCUCAUCUACGAGGAGACCCGUGGUGUGCUGAAGGUUUUCCUGGAGAACGUGAUUCGUGAUGCCGUCACCUACACCGAGCACGCCAAGAGAAAGACUGUGACCGCCAUGGACGUCGUCUAUGCUCUGAAACGCCAGGGUCGUACAUUGUACGGUUUUGGUGGUUAAAGAUCAGA